CACACACCGUAUGCAAAUGUGCUAUCGCUUCUAUAUUUUAAAAGUAUUGCCAAUAGAAAAGACAAUUUAUUCUUGAAAGAGGAAACACUUCUAUACUGUCGUCUUCGGAACACUCAAGUAAAAUUAGUGACCAGCUAAGUGUACAGAGUAGCGAUCCUGUUAAUUAUAUUUCUGCAACAUGAAAUAGAAAGUGACACUAAACUUGUUUCCUGUGAAAGUAUAUAACAUACUCAUGAUAUUCAGUAAGAGGAAGUGUUUUGAGGAUGACAGGCAACAGCGAGUACAAUAUGGGUGUAAUGAGUGGCCAUACCCGGAACUCUAAAGGAACAAUGUAAACAUUAAGAUCUUCAUUAUCAUAGGAAAUUACUGUUAUUUCCUUUCAAUUGUCCUAAUUCCUGUCCUGGGACACAUUUUUAACCGGAGUUUGGAUAUGAUUAGACGAUUUUAUUGACAUUAGGAAGGGCCUAUGGCGGUCAGAAGAUUAAUGACCAGUCUUCACUAUUCUAAUCCCCUACAUGAGUUUCUGAAGCUGUAUAAGAUCACCAAAUAGUCAUGUUACUGAAGGGCUUAAUAACAAAAUCUGGUGCAGGAUUAGAGCAUAAUUCAAGUUAUCGAACAGUAGAAGGAGCUAGUGAGUGAUUAAAACGUACUAGCAUUAUUGUUCGUUCAGUAAAAUUGUAGUCAAUCAAGGGUGAAUUCUGGAAUCAUCGUCGUCAGCAGAAGUGGACUACCUACUCAUAGUUUUCCAGAUCACUCGUUGUACAGCCUUUUCCGAUCCACGCCUAUUCUCAUUCGCGUCGGUUAGUCGAAUUAUCUUUAUCACUUGUCUCCGUGAGGGAUGAUACGCCUCUUCCUGUGUCAAGGCAAUGUUUCUUACCUGGGUUCAUAUGCAGAGUGUUCAGAAAGCCUCUGCUCUCUCAUCACGACGAAUCUUGAAGGACACUGAGAUGGGUAAAACAGAUAACAGGAAAAGUAUUGUCCACAUUGAGUGUAGUCUAGAUUUACCUACACAACACUCUAGAAAUUUCGUGCGGCAUGAAAUUAAGUUAUAGGAAGGAAGAAACGAAAACAAAAAGAGACAAAGUGAAGGCAUUGUGAAACGGACACUAAGAAGAAAAGCAUAUUUACAAAUAAAAAAAAAAAAAACUGAUAUCAACUUAAAUCCAUAUAACUAUCAAUUUUCUUCCAAUUAACAUCAGUCUCCAAAAUAAUCAGUAUUGACACUAUUAUUAUGCACCGUUUCUUUGGUCCCAUGAUUGUCAAGUGAGGAAAGUAGCAAAACAGGAUGUCUAGUGGUGAGGAAGAAAUACCGCUCAUACAAAUGGAGGAAAAGGAAAGUAAGCCACCGAAGAGCGUGGAGGGUUUUAGCGACUGGCGCGAUGUGUGGUACCGCCUGGAUGAAGGUCGCGGUAAAGUCAGCCUUGAAAACCUCCAGAACAGAAUCCGUCCCUCCACCAACAACCACCAGGCGAUACCCAAGGCCGUGCAGGUGUUACGGGCCGCCGACAAGACAGGCAAAGGCUACGUGGAAUAUGCAGAAUUUAGAGAUUAUUACGAGAAUGAGCUGCAUCAAGGGUCCUGGGAGCGCGGCGUCUUGGCACGGGUAGCUCUUGACAUCCAGGACUUGACCCCACAGCCUGAUGAGGAGGCAAUCUUCCGCGCUUGGGAGAACCUGGUGAACUACGUGAAGGCAUCCCCGAACUCGCUGGACUUCAAAUGGUCAUGGAUCUUGCCGCGGGAGUACGCAAGGGACUGCCUCUUGUACUACGUGUCUUACCGCAGCGAGCUAGUGCACCCCUCCCGCCUCAGCGAGUGGCUUAUGAAUGCGCAGGCAGUAGACGACCUCCCGAACAGAGCAGUGAUUGAUCUACUGGAGAAAUGCCAGACCACCAUACGAAGAGCAGACACCAACAGGGACGGGUAUAUUGAGUACAACGAGUUUCUGAGAUUUGUGAGAGUCAAACACGCAAAAUUCCGCGGCGCCACAGUGCUGCGUCGCGGUGCCUUGGCUGUCCUACCUCGCAACGCUAAGUCCCUUGAGAAUCGCCGCUACAUUGAGGAAUAUUCGUGUUGGCCACCUCCGCUCUUCAUGCUGCUCAUAACCCUAUCUGAGAUCAUAACGUUCAUCAUCUACGCGGUGGACAUGCAGCUCCCCACCACAGGCAGCGGGCCGUGUCCCACCUACUCGCCGCUGGUCUUCAACCCCCGCCGCCGCUAUCAGGCCUGGCGCUUCCUCACCUACGCCCUCAUACACUCCGGCUGGGUGCACCUGGUCAACAAUAUUCUGGUGCAGCUGUUAUUGGGUGUACUGCUGGAAAUGGUGCACAGCUGGCGUAUCAUCCUCAUCUACUUAGCGGGAGUGGCGGCGGGAGCUCUGGCCAACUCUCUCUACAUGCCCUCCUACUACCUGGCCGGGGCGUCAGGGGGCGUGUACGCGGUGGAAUACGCCCAUCUCAGUAACUUAAUUCUGAAUUGGUCAUCGAUGGAGUACCCGCUCAUGCAGCUGCUCUUGAUCUUGGUGGUGAUGAGUGCAGACUUGGGAUAUGCCAUUUGGGACACCUACUCCUCGGAUGUCACCGCAACCGGGCACAUGGCGCACUUUGGCGGGGCAGUGGCGGGAGUUCUGGUUGGUGUCCUAGUCUUGCGUAACCUGGAGGUGGAAAGGUGGGAGAAGUAUUGCCGCUGGAUUUCACUAGGGCUGUUCGGUGCCCUGAUGGUGUGCGGGGUGCUCCUCCAGAUACUCCUUCCCAUGCCUGAUUACUUCCCAGACAACGAUUGGUCUCCUAUGGCCGAAGAUCGAGAGGAAUGGAACCACCAGCAGAUGUGGGGGUUGCCGAGGCCCGGGUAAUGGUGUAAUGUAAGGUUUUUUUUUUUUUUGUGUGUGUUUGUGUGUGUGUGUGUGUGUGUGUGUGUGUGUGUGUGUGUGUGUGUGUGUGUGUGUGUGUGUGUUAUGGUAGGUUGCUAGUUUGUAUUUAGUAUUGGUUUUAUGAUAGAAAUAAGUUAAAUUCAGGUGUUUUUUUUUUAUGUUCUAUUUUGUUUAGAAUUUGUUAGAUUAAGGUUCAGGAGUUUUCCAUGUUCCAGUUCCUUAUCUAGAAGUAGCUAAAGUUGACUUUUUUUUUUCUUGUUAUUGUGAAUAUUUUGUUUGUCAUUUUUUCCUGUUUUUAGAAUAGAUUGAUUUAUAUUUUGAUGUUUCGUUCUAGUGACAGCUGAUAUUGAAGAUUUUUCUUUCCAUGUCUUCUUAAAUUUUGUUUCCAUAAUUUUCAUGUACUAAAAGGAAAUGAGACUGGUGACUUUCCUUACAAUUAUCUCGGAGGUAUAGACUUCUGCAAGUUCAUUUUCUUUAUCUUUGUGACAUGUUGAAUUCAUGCUUUUCAAUCACAUUUUCUCCGUCCUUGAUAUACAUACUGAAAUGGAAAAUUAUCGAUCAAUUUUGUGAUCUUAAGAGUAUCAGAUUUUUUUUCCUUCAUCCUCUGUGUUCGUCUUUCGAUGCGUGACUCUUAAACGUGUCUGUGUGAGAGGCAGGACAGCUUUCUAUAACUAUGUAAUUUUGAGGACGCUGCACCAAGACGUGUUAGGGAGGAAAACAAAGGAUCAUGAGUUAUAUUUUGUCUUUUCUUUGCUUGAUUCUUCUUUGUACUGUUCUAUGCCUACCAAAGCCUCUGAUUGAGAUGUGAGGGUGAUUGCGUUUACGAGGUCGUGGUGAUACAGUGUAGUGUUAAGCUAAGGAUAUGUCGAAUUUGUGCCUCACUUUGGUAAUGAUUCGUCUUCGUCUGGUAUUCUCGUUAUAGUUAAGAGCUAAUUGAAUUAUUUGAUAGUUAUUUAUGAUGCAAUCAUUGCAGAUUAUGGAACGUAUUCUGAAACACUUACGCGCCACAUCUCCACUGUUUUCAAAGUCUCUAGUUGAAGUGACAAUUUCAAAACUGUUUUUUUUUUCUAUGUUUUUAGUUAAAUAUCAACAAGAUUCUUGGGAUCUUCUCUAAUCAUUCCUAUAACUUUUGAAAACAGUCAUGGUGAGAGAGGGAUUAGAGUGUUUCUGAAUACGGACCAAAGUGUUGCAAGAAAUACAUCAAGCUGACACUAACUACACAACGAUGAUUGGUUCUCGUGCGGUUGUUCCGUUAUAACAUAUGACAUAUCAUAAGGACUAUUGUGAUUCAUUCUUUGAAGUAUGGAGACUGGAAGAUUCUCCACACGUGUCUUAUCCAGCACAGAAAAGCUGAUCUACUUUCUAAAAAUGUAAAUUACAGGUUUCUAUUUUUAA